AUGUGGAACACUACGUGCGAGAACACUACAGCGAUUCACUCAGACGGGAAUCCCGUGGUGAGCACGCUGAUGUUCAUCGCGGGGGUGGCGGGGAACCUGACGGCGCUCGCCAUCCUGGGCGUUCACCAGAAGGAGCAGCGCACCAAGUCCUCCGUCUUCUGCAUCCUAGUGACAGGGCUGGCCGUGACGGACCUGCUGGGGACCUGCUUCCUCAGCCCGCUGGUGUUCGUGUGCUACGCCCGCCGGGCCUCACUGUUGGGCCUGGUGGGCAACCAGCGGCUCUGCGGGCUUUUCGCCUUCGCCAUGACAUUCUUCGGCCUGGCGUCCAUGCUGAUUCUCUGCGCCAUGGCAGUUGAGCGCUGCCUGGCGAUCAGCCACCCGUACUUCUAUGCCAAGUACGUGAGGCGGAGCUUCGCCAAGGUCACGCUGCUGCUCAUCUACGUCUUCACCUGCGCCUUCUGCUCCCUGCCCUUCUUCGGCGUGGGCCGGCACAAGCAGUACUGCCCGGGGACGUGGUGCUUCAUCAAGAUGGAGGCGGAGGGCGAGGGUGCGGAGGAGGAGCGGGGCGUGCUGGCCUUCUCGCUCUCCUACGCCUCGCUCAUGGCGCUCCUGAUCGCCGCCGUCUUCGUCUGCAACGGCUCAGUGAUCGUCAGCCUCUGCCGCAUGCACCGCAGCCACCUGUCCCGCCGCGGCUCCGUGUUGUCCACCGGGCGCAAGCGGAAGAUGAGCGCCUGGUUCGGCCAGGGGGAGGAGGAGGUGGACCACCUGGUGCUGCUGGCCUCCAUGACCGUCAUCUUCGUCAUCUGCUCGCUGCCGCUGACCAUCUGCGGUUUUGUCAGCGCCGUUACUCCAUACGAGAGCGACAAGCAGAACCUGCUGGCAUUCCGCUUCUCUGCCCUCAACCCCAUCGUGGACCCCUGGGUCUUCAUCCUCUUCCGCAAGGCCGUCUUCCGCUACCUGCGCUCCCUGUUCCACUGUCGCCUCCCCAGGGGGGCGCUCAAGAGCACCACCCACAGCACCCUUAACUAUCCCCCAGGGGCUGGGGACAUCACCACCUCCACUGCCCUCCAGGCGCAGGCGGGGGCGGGGCUAUAG